CUGUCUUCUCGAUACACGCAAAAAUCCGCCCUUUCAAUUUCUCUUUUUUCUUUUUACAGGGUCAGGGUUUCUUAGACGCGUUAUCUUUGAUUUUUAUUAUGUUAUUAAAUAAAAAAGAGGAAAGUUACCAAAGCCCCUCAAUAACCUCUCAAAAUUACAAAAUUUUUCUUCCACUUGUUGAACAAGUUUCUAGAUAAAGUAUGGCUAGGUUCUUCUGCUCUCUCUUCUCUGGAGUGGCAAUCUUGGAAUGGUUAUGAGUAAUGUUUCUGGACAUGAAAAUGCGGAAACUUAUUCGAUUCAAGGAGCUGAGGUAAAUCCUAUUUUGACAAGUCCAGCUGUUGAGCUAGUUGAAACCAUGUACAGCGAAGGAACCCCCGGGUUUGUUGCGGAUCAGGGCUUGUUUUAUCCUGCUGCCACUGAGUAUGGUUACUACUGUACAGGAUUUGAGACACCCGUCGAAUGGGAGGACCAUCAAAAGAUUUUUGGUGCAGAUGGUCCUGAAAUCCAGUAUGCGGGUGCACAAACUGAAUAUUUACCUUAUGUAUAUUAUGCACCGAGCUAUGCGUAUGCACAGUCUCCAUAUAACCCAUACAAUCCUUACAUACCUGGUGCUAUGAUAGGAGUUGAUGGCCCGUAUGCAGGGGAGCAACAAUAUUACACAGUUCCCCCUUAUCAGGACCCUGUAUCUUCAUCUGGCUACAUCCCUGUUGUUGUUCAACCAGAAGCCUUCCAAAAUGGUUCAGCAGAUCCUUUGUUAGAUACUAGCAUAGCACGCAAUAGUAGACCUGAUGGGAAAAGUUUCAAGCAUGGCAUUUCUUCAUCAUCUGCAGCCUUUGCUUGGAACCCCCCUAGACCUGCUUCAAACCAAACCAAUUCUUUGAACAGGAUAUCUGAAUGGCCAAAAGCUAAUGUUGGACCUGUUAAGCAAUCACAUGGAGGUGUUUCUUCUGGCAGUAUUCUUACUCAAGCUUCAUCACAUGUCCUUCAGGGUAGAAGUGCUUCUGGCCCAAUGCAUCCUAUUGACAACAUUUCAAAUAGCAAAGUCCGAUCUCAUCAGAACCAAUUAAAAGUCACUCUACCUGUCAGCAAUGACUUUUCUAAUUUUGGAUCAAGUGCUUAUGGCCGAACCUCAGUAGAUAAGCUUCGAUCUAAGUUUCAUGCUGGCAGAACUCUCAGUGCUCUGAAUGGAAAUGUGGAGCUGUUGGGUGAGCAGAAUCGUGGACCAAGGAUCAACAAUUUGAAAAACCAACCGGCUGUUAAAGCCUCCACAACCAAAGUGAGAGAUAAUAAUGAGCUAGGCAACAUUGUUAUACAGACUGAUCAGUACAACAAGGAUGAUUUCUCAACCAAUUAUGCAGAUGCAAAGUUUUUUGUAAUAAAAUCGUAUAGCGAGGAUGAUGUGCACAAGAGCAUCAAAUAUAAUGUGUGGUCAUCUACACCUCAUGGAAACAAAAAGCUGCACAGUGCAUUUGAACAUGCACAGAAACUAGAUUUGGGAAGACCUAGAGGCUGCCCUAUCUUUCUGUUUUUUUCUGUUAAUGCUAGUGGUCAAUUUUGUGGUGUUGCAGAGAUGGUUGGCCCUGUAGAUUUCAAUAGAGACAUGGACUUUUGGCAACAAGAUAAAUGGAGCGGGAGUUUUCUUGUCAAGUGGCAUAUUAUUAAAGAUAUACCAAACUCAAGCUUCAGGCACAUCAUAUUGGAGAAUAAUGAGAAUAAGCCAGUGACUAAUAGCAGAGACACUCAAGAGAUAAUGUAUAAGCAAGGUUUAGAGAUGCUGAAGAUGUUCAAAAAUCACCAACUGAAGACUUCUAUACUUGAUGACUUUGUGUACUAUGAGAAUCGUCAGAAAAUAAUGCAGGAAGAAAAGGCCAGGCGUAUGUUUAAAAGCUUCCAGUCCCCAUUGUUUGUACCAGCAUUAAAUCCUGCCCGUGAACUAAAUGGUCUUGUGCAGCAGUCACUGAACAAAGAUGAUAGUAUGACUGAUCUUAACAGCUUGAAGAAAACUGAGGCAAACAAAUAUGAAAAGAUUAUGAAUCCAAAUUAUCAUAACAUCUGGAAAAAAACCGAGACAAACAAAGAUGAGAAGAUUACGGAUCAGAAUGAAUUUAACAGCUUGAAGAAUGCUGGGACCUCUGCCACUAAGCAACUUUCUUCAGAUUCAAAUGUUACCAUUUCAAGCAGGGAUAAAGAUUCCAGGCAAGAUACAGCGGAUGCAGAUGAUGAUAACGGACCUGUGUUAAAGAUCGGUUCACUUGAUAUAAACCCGACAGGGGUGGAAUCUAAGUUCUCACCAAAUGCUGCUAUCAAAUCUGCUGAUAUUGUCACAGUAGGAUCAAUGCCUGUUAAAGUUAACAGAAUCGCUGAAUCUUCUGGUUAUCUAACAGUGGGUACUAUCCCACUUGAUCCUAAGUCUCUGAAAGUGGACAAAGGUGGUGCUUUGGGUAAACAGGGGUCUCAGUGCUGAUGAUAUUGGAAGGUUUGCCAUUGACUGGGUUUUCUUGUUGAGUUUUUUCUAUAAAAUAGUUUUGGCAUAGCGGAUCACUGUAAAAACGAGAACGGAAUUAUAGGGAUUUGGGCUACAGAAGUUGGAAAAUUCGAAUUGGUUUGGUUGA